AAAACCCGUUUUUCACCUUUAUUACAAAGUCCACAACUGCUCAAAACCCAAUCCACCCACCUCUAUAAAUUCGUCUCAGCCGCCCCUCAUUUCGUCUUUUCUAUCCUCGUGGCACCUUGUCCUGAUUUUCUUCCACCGGAGGACUCCUCCAGGCGUUCUUUUGUAGAAUUAUUGUGCAAAUUUGAAGAUGAAUCACUUAAAUCUUCAUAAGAACGCCAGUGCCUCCUGUGAUGAGACUAGAGGCUUGGUUUCAAUAUAUGAUUCCAAGGGUUCUGUUGUUUGCCCCAAACCCCGGCGAGUUGGAAUUCUGGCUAACAAUCCCAUCAGGCCUUUGAGAUGGCACAUGAGUCAUCAAGCAGAGAUGUGUGAUUCAAAAGCUGGGGCUGAGCUUUUGGACAUUAUCCUCAUGAAGGAUGGUCAUGGGGCUGAACAAUCUGCAACCUAUUUAGCCUCAUCACCCCCCUUUUUUUGUGGGUCUCCUCCUACCAGGGCUGCUAACCCAGUCAUCCAAGAUGCCCGAUUUGGAGAUGAAAAACUUGCUCUAGUUCCACCAUUGUUGAUUCCAUCACCUUCAAGUUUAUCAUCUCCAACGUCACGCAAAGGAGAGUGCAUGAGAAUGAAGUUUGGGCUUAAACCAGCUGCAGUUAGAGUAGAAGGAUUUGAUUGCCUCAAUAGGGAUCGCCAAAAUUCCAGUAUCCCUGCUAUGGCCUAGAACUCAUAAAAAUUAAGUGUACAUAGAAGGAAGCUAAGUCGCUUCCAGAGUCACAAAACAUAGCAGACUUAAAAAGAGGGAAUUUUGUAUCUUUUUGGAGAGUCGAGAAUUGCUACAAGUAGUGUAUAUAUGAUAUGUUUUAGCUGAUGAUCAUUGCUAAUAUCUCAGUAAGUAGUUUGAUUGAAGAAAGAAGUGAAAGUUCUUAAGAGAGGUUUGAAUAUGUUUGAGAGCUUAGCUCUUUUGUAAUGUAAGAUAAGAGGGUUAGUAUUUGGGAGGGUCUUUUGAUUUCAUUCAGUGAUCACCAUGAAAAAAAUUCUGUAUAGUGCCUAUUGGUGAUUGAAUUUUGGUCAUUUACCCUUGUAAAUGUAAUUCGGUGAUUGUUAAUGGCAUGGUCCGUUUUUUCA